AUGGAUAAUGGCGCGUCAUCUGAGGGCAAAGACCCAUCUGCCUUUCUGAGUGAAAUCAUUGGAGCACCGGUUACUGUCAGACUAAAUUCAGGUGUCGUCUACAAAGGAGAGCUCCAGUCAGUAGAUGGCUACAUGAACAUCGCGUUGGAAAAGACCAAUGAAUAUGUGAAUGGGAGAUUGAGGAGGAACUAUGGAGAUGCGUUUGUCCGAGGAAACAACGUGCUCUACAUAUCCGCAGAUUGA